UAAGGUAAAUUAAUAUUAUAAGGCUUGUCUUCAAAUCCGACGAUUAAUGAGGAAUACAGUAUUUCCAGUGGCUGCGCAGCCCCAGCUGUGACCUGCAUAUUUUGCCACAUCCAGGGCAAGCAUAACCAUUGUCCACAGGUGGUUGAUUUAGAAGGUGGUGUAGUCACACAUAAAGGGCUUUUAUGGGUCAAAUUAAAGAAGAAAUGCAAGAGAUCUGAAGUACUGCCUAUCAUCAUAACCCUUUCAGACCUUGCGAUAUAUAGGACAGAUGAUGUAAAAAUACAAUAUAUACUGUUUUACAAGGAAAAUUAGAGCAUAUGCUGCGGUACUUUAACCUUAUUGCCAUAACAAAAAUGGCAGCAUUAGGAAGAUUACUUGGCGACGACGUAAUUGAACCUUAUAAAAACGCUAAAUUUCUCUCUGAUGAUGAGUCGAAAAAUGAUCCCGAAGAUGAGCCAUUUCGCUCAAAAUACAAAGCACGAGAAAUUUACAAGGAUAUCUGCAAUAAAAUCAAAGAUAAACUCAAUGGUAGUUCAGUUGCAAACAAGACAUUACUAACAUCGUUAAUAUGUUUGGAACAGGCCAUCGGUCUUAAUUAUAUGGAUACAGAAGAAUUAGCUGAAGGCGAAGACUGUUUAAUGUCAUGUCUUAAACGAAUUGAAGAAUAUGGGUUAAAAGAUGCUGUCAGUUUACAUAUGAACAUUUUAAAUUACUUAGGUAUUCUAUGGAGUGAACGAAGAGAUUUAGAAAAGUCUUUAGGGUUUCUGCAGCAAGCAGAAAAUUUGUAUUCAAACUAUAAAAAGGAAAUAGGCGAUGCGCCUCUGGCAUAUAUUGAAUUUUUAGAAGAUUUUGAGGGUGAUGAUAAUGAAAAGGCCCACCAGCGUUGCCAGUCUUUUGAAAACAUUCACACACAUACCUUGUAUUACUUGGCACAGGUGUAUGCAAAGCUAGAAAAAAAUAGCUUAUCUGCAAGAUAUUGUCAUCUAACGCUACAAAGGCAAUUACAGGCUGGUGAUUACAAUCCUGUAGACUGGGGAUUAAAUGCUGCAACCCUGUCUCAAUACUAUUUAACAGCUGAGAAAUAUACAGAAGCUCGACAUUGCUUAGCCAGUGGCUCUUUUAUAUUUCAAAGCUCCAAGAAAAGCGCAGAUCAGUUGUCUGAGCAAGAUUUGGAAGCCCAGUGCCAGAGAGAGGCUGACAUUGAGAGGUGCUGGAUUAAGUAUGGACUUGGGCUCUUGGAAGCUUCGAGAGAUAAAAUGCUGGGAGAGCUUGAAGAUAAUGAUAAUGAAAAUACUGAAGGGCCAUCGUCUGUUAUAAGCAGAUCUGACCACAAUGCUGAUAAACAAGUGGCUGAUGAUAUUAUGUCAGAGUCUUCUUCUGAUAAAGUAUUUCAAGAAUUUCAGCUUGAACUGACUGCAUAUGAAGAGCGAAUUACUGACAAGCUCAUCAGAACAUUUGAUGAAGCUAGAAAGAUUUUCUUAUUUGUCGUUGAUAAGAUAAAAAAUGCUCAGAUGUUUUACAAUUUAGAAUCACAUGCCAGUGAUGCUGUUCAGAUAAUCCAAGAUCAUAGUUGCGCUUUUAAACUAUUAGCUUUCUUUGAGCUUGACAUGAACCGUCAGUGUCGAAUGCACAAGCGUCGCAUUGAUAUGCUCUCUGAAUUGCUGAGAGAACUAAAUCCACAGCACUACUUACUAGUAUGUCGUCAGAUUAUUUAUGAACUAGCAGAAACCUAUAGUGAAAUGGUUGACUUAAAAGUAACUUUAAUUGAAAUGGAGCGGACACGAGCCACACCAUACAGUACCAAUAAAAUUAACAAGCUUGUGCAACAAAGUAUUGACCAAUACCAAGCUUACAUUGACUCUCUUAAGGGAGGAAAAUCUGAGCUUCCAUCAGAAUUUCCAGAAGGUGAUGUCAGACCAGCUUUAGUAGCCUUCUUUUGCAUGGGGCGGCUGUACUCAAAGUUCCUUGAGCCCCUAGUACCUGAACGUUUGGCUAAACUAACUAAGAGUUUGGAGUGUUACAAAUUUGUUACCGAGUAUUGUGAAGCCAAUCCCUCUGCCAAAGAACUCAUUCCUAAUGAACUUGGUCUGUGUAAAGAAAUGGUCUCACUCUUGCCCGUCAAAAUGGCCAAACUUCUUGAGCAGCAAUAACUGUCUCAGUGUCAAGUUUAAUUCAGGUUCAACUCGGAUAAGUUCAUUAAAACCUGUAUCCUGUGAUUUCCAACUGUAACUGUUGAACAAUGAUUUAAUGUCUAGGAACCCCCCCAAGAUCUCUAUUGUAACAUCAUAGAUUUUAUUAAAAGAAAAAUAAAUUUAAAACUACUUGAGAGAAACCCAUUAUAAUGCAAAAAACAGUUUUGGCUUUUCUUUUAUUGUAAAUUAUGAAAAAUAAUUUUUAAUGCAAUCUAGGUCUGUGGAUAGAUAAUAACUGCAUUUUUUUUGUUUGGAUUAUUGGACAUACUGUCUUGUAUUUGAGAGGAUAAUUGCAGGUUUCAAAAACUAAUCACAAUUAUUUUAGUUUUAGCACUUAAAACUUUAUACAGUAUUGCAUGCUACUAAGCUGAAUGUUUCAUAUUCAAAGAUCAGGUAUAUACAGUAUUGCAUGCUACUAAGCUGAAUGUUUCAUAUUCAAAGAUCAGGUAUAUACAGUAUUGCAUGCUACUAAGCUGAAUGUUUCAUAUUCAAAGAUCAGGUAUAUACAGUAUUGCAUGCUACUAAGCUGAAUGUUUCAUAUUCAAAGAUCAGGUAUAUAUGGCUAGUACUCAAUGCAUUAGUUUUUGUCAAAAUGUAUAGAUCGUUGGCUUGUUGAAGUUUGAAAUCUAAAAACAGACACCUCAUAUUUAAUAAUUUACAUUGGCAUUUAAAAUACACUAAAUCUAACAUUCUUCAGAUUGAUUUCACUAUCCAAUUAAGUAAGGUUUAAAAGAAUAGUGCAGUGAUUGAGAGUUAACAAUAAAAGUUAAAAUAUUCUGAAGAGGACAUUAUUAUUUUAAUAAUAGUUAGAAACCUAUGAUUCCUUUUGUUUUUUGCUGCUGAAACAUUUGAUCUAUUAUUUUUACAAAGCUUAUUCCUUUUUUGUUUUCAUAAAAUUUAGUACUAGGAAAAUGAUUGCAAAAUCAUCAAUGCUAUACUUAUGCGAUUAAUUGUAAAUUACCAAUUAAAAAUAAUUUUGUUUGCAUAACAGAAAAUUCUGGGAUAUGUUUUGUACUAUAUUUACAAUGUUGUUAGAAAUUUUGUUUCACAGCACAUUGUCAGUAUUAAGUGCUUCUUGAGUUAGAUCAGAAAAAUAAAAGCCUGUGUCUUUUAUUGUGACUGUAACAAUUUGAAAGUCUUAGCUAUUGGGUACAUGUUUUCAAAUACUUUUGUUAAAGCAAUCUUCUAAAUAUUUGCUGCUACUUUAGAGUGUUCCUUAUAGUGCAACUUCAUAAGGAAAAGAUAAAUAUAUGAAACAUUCUCA